UACAAGCGCGCCCCCGACACUGAGGAGAAGAGAGGACAGAAGGCGGCAGAAAGGCCAAAUUAAACCCAAUUAGCAGAUUAUUCCGGCAGCAGUUCCACCAAAUCCAGCCGAGAUGUCAGACGAAAAGCCAAAGGAGGGAGUAAAAACUGAGAACGAUCACAUCAACCUCAAGGUUGCAGGGCAGGAUGGGUCAGUGGUCCAAUUCAAAAUCAAAAGGCACACACCUCUCAGCAAACUAAUGAAGGCCUACUGCGAACGACAGGGUCUCUCAAUAAGGCAGAUCAGGUUCCGGUUCGAUGGCCAGCCUAUUAAUGAGACGGACACGCCUGCACAGCUGGAGAUGGAAGAUGAAGACACCAUAGAUGUUUUCCAGCAGCAGACAGGCGGGCAUUGCUAAGCCCUACCCUCUCCAUUGAUGGCCACCCUCAGACCACACCCUCAGCUACCUUCCCUCCCUUCCCGAUUGCUCCUUUCAGACUAUUAUUAUUAUUAUAAUUAUUAUUAUUUCUUCAUCUUAAAAAUGUUCUUGUCAUGGUUAUUCAUUGAGUGUGUGUGAGACCUCCUCGGCUGUUUCUGUGCGGUCUUGACCAGGGUUGAACUUUAGCGUGUCUCAACACCAACCUGGGAAAGGUUUGUUUUCUUUUUCCCCCCUUUUUCUUUUUUUCUCACACACUGCAGGCUGUGAUCGGACCAACAGCUCAGUGCGGCAGUUACUGCGUUGUCACUGCUUUUCAUACACUCUUCAAUGCAAGAUUAGAGAAC